AUGUCGCCGUGUUUCCCACUCUUCGCCUGUCUACGUCGUUUCCGGUGCCGCUCCAGGAAUCGGCGAUGCGGCAAGAAACCGGAGAACUACCUAACGCCCUACGAGAUGGAAAUGGUACCCAUGAUGUUGAAGGAGCUGACGGCGCAAUCGCCGCGCUUCUUCGAGACCGUCAGCUUCCGCUGGUUCAAGGAGGCGGUGUCUUCCGCGCGAGAACCGAAGGAUCCCGGAGUCGCGGGACACUCUUAUUGUAAGUUUUUCGCCAUCAUUUUUCAGAAACUGUCGUAUCUUUGUUUUGUAUUUAGACAUCGUAUACUGUAUGCAAAAGUUGAAGUCCCUAGAGAGAUUGAAGUUUGUUGGCAAUUGUAGGGGUUGAUGAAGAAUAGCAACAUGUAUCAAAAAAUAAAAAAAAAACACUGUCUUUUUUAUAUCUCCCUUAGAAGUUCGCUAUAAGGAGAUUUAGCUAAAUUGCAGGUCAAUGAUAUAAAAAUGACAUAUUCUGCACGACAGCUAAUUUAAAACACCUCAGCCUCAGUUGGGAUUCCAGUUGACGUCACGAAUGCAUUCAUACGAAGUUGUAGUCAUUGUGACGUCUUUACUUCCGACUCUUCUUCGUAUUCAAAAUGUAUGCGGUAAUUUUCGGCCGAAUACACAAACAAGGAAAAAAAUCUCGCUAGAAUUUGCCUAACCUUUUGUUUUUCAAGCACGAGAAGCCCCGUGGCUGGAUAAUGUUUUCUUCAAGACAAAACCCGAGCAAUUUUAGUGAAUAGUCUAUUAUACACAUCACUUAAACAACGAAAUAUCUCGUUUUGAAAGCUUUUUCAAAAUACGCUCAGCUUCUCCAGGCCCCCAAAAGAGCAAUAACCAAGCAUAUAGCUAAAGAAUGCACUCAUUAGUCGUGAAAAUACACCCAUAAUGAUGUUACAUUCCGUUGAUUAUAACCGCCUUCUAAUUCCUCAUUGGGGACCUUAAGAUAUUCAAAACGUGAGAUUGUCCAAAAGGUCGUUUGAAUGAAGAAAUUUGCCACAAAAGCAGCCGUGGGCAUUAUUGAGGGCAUACUGAGAACAUUCCGAAGAUGAAACUUGAUUUGUCCUAGAGUAAAGACUAAUUGGGUAAUUGUUCUCGGAAGUAGGCAAUCCAGGGGGUGGGGAAGUUAAAAUUGGCAGUAAUUCAAAACAUCUUGGAAAAUAGCAUCCUUAUUUAGUCAAUAACAUCCUUAUGAGUGUCGAAAUUCACCAAGGGAUUGAAUCGUCAGAGUAAACGUAGAAUACAGAAUCAGAAACAGAAAAAUGUAUUUACCACAAAAUGCGUGCAACCCUUCUAAAUGCUCUCUAUUUCCAGCCGCACCACCAGUCACGAUGAACGAAUUCGAAUCAGAAGGCCAAGCACUCGAAGAAUUGAUCCGCCUUAUCGCCAAAACCUUGAUGGAAAAGGGCAUCUUCGACGAGGAGAUUGAAAACCAUCUGAACGCAUAUCGCAAGAAGCGAGAACAGUGGAAAUGCACAAACGCCGCAGCCAGCGCGUCCGCCACACUGGCCGCCCCCACUCUGCUUCGGACGCGCUCCUUCUCCGCGGCCGUUGCAGCGCCGCCAAUUUCGUCGUCGCGACUGUGCAGGAAGAAUGGUGCAAUCACGGAGGUUGGGACGACAAAACGAAGGCCCCGAAUAUUCGACUGUUUGACUGGCCGCCGACAGCGGGGAAGUGCGGCCAGGCAGACGGACGCGCUGUUUGUGCAGUUGGGGGAAGUGCUGGCCCAUCAAUAUCAAUGCACUGUGGGUGUCGAUAAGGAUGGAAACGUGCACGAAAGAGAGUUGAAGCUCUUAAUAUGGCGGCAUUUUGUCCAAAUGGUUGUUGCGGUGCUGACGGACAGAGCAAGAUUCCCCGGCUAG